UUCCGACCUCUAGCGGAAGUCGCCUGCACUAGACCUGGAAAGGUGAGCCAAGGGGCUUACUGGGACUUGUAGUCCGGAUGCUGGAUGCGAGCUGGAGGCUGAGAGGACACGGACUACGACUCCCGGUGGGUACUGCGGCCACGCGCCGCGCCCACCUGCCCGCGGCGGGCAGAGCACAGCCGCGCCUGCGCCGUGCAGGAAGAUGGCACCUGCCGGCCGCGGCUGCGGCUGCUGGGGCAGCUCGGGCGCCGGGGUGGUGCUGUCGCUGCUGCUGCUGCUGGGGGCGCUGGCUUGCGCGCGGGCCACCGAGUACUACUCUCCGCUGUCCUUGCUGAAGCAGGAGCUUCAGCACCGGCAGCAUCAAGAGGCCCCGGCGGGCGGCGGCUGCCCGCAGUCGGGGGACUGGGCGGACCAGUACCCGGAGUGCGAGUCGUCGUUUUUGAACUUCCAUGAGUCAGACUGCGAACUGAGAGGCUCAGCACCCUGUGACUCCCUGCUUUCUCUCAACACUGAAAAGAUUCUGAGCCAGGCCAAGUCUAUCGCCGAACAGAAGAGAUUCCCAUUUGCUACUGACAGCGACAGCACCAAUGAAGAGUUAGCUAUUGCCUAUGUGUUGGUCGGCAGCGGUCUCUAUGAUGAAGCAAUAAGGCAUUUUUCAACAAUGCUCCAGGAGGAGCCUGAUCUGGUUAGUGCAAUUUAUGGCCGAGGGAUAGCCUAUGGAAAGAAGGGAUUACAUGACAUUAAGAACGCUGAGCUUGCUCUGUUUGAACUGAGCCGAGUAAUUGCCUUGGAACCUGACCGUCCAGAGGUAUUUGAGCAGCGGGCUGAAAUUCUGUCCCCUCUGGGACGAAUUACUGAAGCCGUAAAUGAUCUCACUAAAGCUAUUCAGCUUCAGCCCUCUGCACGGCUGUACCGACACCGGGGGACCUUGUACUUCAUAUCUGAGGACUACGCGACAGCCCACGAGGACUUUCAGCAGUCCUUGGAGCUGAACAGAAACCAGCCCACAGCCAUGCUGUACAAAGGCCUAACUUUCUUUCACAGAGGACUUCUGAAGGAAGCCAUCGAGGCCUUCAAAGAAGCUCUGAAACAGAAAGUUGACUUUAUCGAUGCAUAUAAAAGUCUAGGACAGGCCUACAGUUGUUCAAUCCUUAGAGAACUUGGCAAUUUUGAAGCAGCCACUGAGAGCUUCCAGAAAGCCCUGCUGCUCAACCAGAACCAUGUGCAGACCCUGCAGCUCCGAGGGACGAUGCUCUACCACCAUGGCAGCCUACAGGAGGCCCUGAAGAACUUCAAGCGUUGCCUGCAACUAGAGCCGUACAAUGAAGUGUGCCAGUACAUGAAAGGACUCAGCCACGUGGCAAUGGGCCAGUUUUAUGAAGGAAUUAAAGCACAGACAAAAGUUAUGCUGAACGAUCCUCUCCCCGGCCAGAAGGCCAGCCCAGAGUACUUGAGGGUGAAGUAUCUCCGAGAAUAUUCUCGAUAUCUGCACGCACACCUCGAUACCCCCCUGACGGAAUAUAACAUUGACACGGAUCUACCAGGCAGCUUCAAGGACCACUGGGCGAAGAACCUGCCUUUUCUCAUAGAUGGCUACGAAGAGCAGCCAGGCCUGCAGCCUCACAUCAAGGAUGUGCUACAUCAGAAUUUCGAGGGCUACAAGCCUGAAGUACAGGAGCUGAUAUGUGUAGCUGACCGCCUGGGCUCACUUAUGCAGUAUGAAACGCCCGGUUUCCUGCCCAACAAGAGGAUACACAGAGCCAUGGGCUUGGCGGCACUGGAAGUCAUGCAGGCUGUCCAUCGGACCUGGACGAACUCAAAGGUCCGCAUGAACGGGAAGACGAGGUUGAUGCAGUGGAGGGACAUGUUCGACAUUGCCGUCAAGUGGAGAAGGAUCGCUGAUCCAGACCAGCCUGUACUGUGGCUGGAUCAGAUGCCAGCUCGAAGUCUCAGCAGAGGUUUCAACAACCAUAUCAACUUAAUCAGGGGUCAGGUGAUUAAUAUGAGAUAUCUGGAAUAUUUUGAGAAAAUACUCCAUUUUAUUAAAGAUAGAAUUCUUGUUUAUCAUGGAGCAAAUAAUCCAAAGGGCUUGUUGGAAGUCAGAGAAGCCCUGGAAAAGGUACAUAAAGUGGAGGACCUUCUUCCAAUCAUGAAGCAGUUUAAUACCAAAACGAAGGACGGGUUCACUGUGAACACCAAAGUUCCCAGCCUCAAAGAUCAAGGGAAGGAAUAUGACGGCUUCACCAUCACUAUCACGGGAGACAAGGUUGGCAAUAUCCUGUUUUCUGUGGAAACUCAAACCACAGAAGAGAGGACGCAGCUGUAUCACGCCGAAAUAGAUGCCCUUUAUAAAGACUUGACAGCAAAGGGAAAAGUACUGAUCCUCUCCUCAGAAUUCGGGGAGGCCGAUGCUGUCUGCAACUUAAUCUUAUCCUUAGUUUAUUACUUUUAUAAUUUAAUGCCAUUGUCUCGAGGAUCUAGUGUCAUUGCCUACUCGGUCAUUGUGGGAGCGCUGAUGGCCAGUGGUAAAGAAGUGGCUGGGAAGAUCCCCAAAGGGAAGUUAGUUGACUUUGAAGCCAUGACAGCCCCUGGCUCAGAGGCCUUCAGCAAAAUAGCAAAAAGCUGGAUGAACUUGAAAAGUAUCUCCCCUUCCUACAAGACCCUGCCAUCAGUGUCAGAGACAUUCCCGACUCUGAGGUCCAUGAUCGAGGUGCUCAACACGGACUCCACUCCGCGGUGUCUCAAGAAACUCUAGCUCCACCAGAGGAUUUGUACACACGAAGGGCCAGGCCUCUUGCUUCUUAAGUUAUUUUUUAAAACAUGGAAUUAUUAUGAAAUUAGGUCCUUUAUUACUUUUGAUACCAAUUUUUGAUAGGAAUUGAAUACUUGAAAUCAUUUUCUUUACUUUUUCUGAACCAUAACAGAAAUCAUGAAAACGGGUUUUGGAGGAGAAAGCUACUUGACCAGGAAGGGAAGUGUGUGUAUUAAUGGCACCUGUUGGUUUCCAUGUGUUAAGGCAUACUGCUCCUUCCUUACAACAAAAAAUGUUUACUUCAAAAACCAAAAAUUAAUAAUUAUUAAGAUGAACAAAGCCAGCAACAAGCAGGCCUUGUCUUCACUCGACAGAGGUGUAGAUGUUCCUCAGACUUCCUUCCUGUGCACCUUUGUGGGGUGCCUUGCUACUGCCAUGCUCCGCCAUGUGGGCCCUCCGUCCUCCCAAACCAUGGGAGGGCCCCGCACCUGUGGUUCCAUGGCUUGUGCAGACGACACAGACAGUAUUUGCCAAUGUCCCGACACUGAAUCACUGAACCAUGUUCCUCUUUCUUUUGUUGGAAAAAAUAAGCCGAGGUGAUUUCUGUAAGUCACCGAGUUUGGGCACUGGAUUAUGUUGUUUUUAUGUGUGAGCUAGUUUUGCUUUUAGGUAUAAGAACAUUUAGAAAGUGUCUUGUUUUCUCAGACAAGAUGAAUGCUGCAGUGAGAAGGUCCAUUAAACGGUUGCAGUUUGAAACCA